AUCACUGUAUGGGCCAUGGUCUUUUAUUUCUCUCUCUUGUCAUCGUCUUUCUCCUCUAGGGUUUUAGCUACCUUCACUUUACUGUUUAGGGUUUUUCUCCCUCUAAAAACUGAAACUACAAUUGCAAUUGAAAUUAAUAUUAGAAAACCAUUUAAUAAUCAAUUAAGAUGAAGGUGAAAGUAAUAUCACGCUCCUCUGAUGAUUUCACUAGAGAACGAAGCCAAGAUCUCCAGCGAGUGUUUCGUAAUUUCGAUCCCAGCCUACGGACACAAGAGAAAUCAAUUGAAUACGUGAGAGCACUCAAUGCUGCAAAAUUGGACAAGAUAUUUGCAAGGCCGUUUAUUGGAGCAAUGGAUGGGCAUAUUGAUGCUAUUUCAUGUAUGGCUAAAAACCCUAAUUACUUGAAAGGGAUUUUUUCUGGUUCUAUGGAUGGAGAUAUUCGCCUUUGGGACAUAGCUUCCAGGCGAACUGUUUGUCAGUUUCCAGGUCAUCAAGGUGCCGUACGAGGUUUGACAGCCUCUACCGAUGGGUGCAUUUUAAUAUCCUGUGGAACUGAUUGCACUGCAAGGCUUUGGAAAGUUCCUGUAGCUACUAUGAUGGAAUCAGAUGGCCCUUCUAACCGCUCAGCUGAGCCACAGGCAAUUUAUGUUGGGAAGAACGCGUUUUGGGGUGUUGAUCAUCAAUGGGACGGUGAGCUCUUUGCCACAGGUGGUGCUCAAGUAGAUAUUUGGAAUCAUAAUAGAUCUCAGCCAGUGAACAGUUUCGAAUGGGGAACAGACACAGUCAUAUCUGUUCGGUUUAAUCCUGGGGAACCAAACCUCUUGGCAGCAUCAGCAAGUGACCGCAGCAUAACAUUGUACGAUUUGCGCGUUUCAUCUCCAGCUAGGAAACUUAUCAUGAGGACAAGAACUAAUUCUAUUGCAUGGAAUCCUAUGGAGCCAAUGAACUUCACAGCUGCAAAUGAGGACUGCAACUGCUACAGUUUCGAUGCAAGAAAACUGGAUGAAGCAAAGUGUGUGCACAAAGAUCAUGUUUCUGCAGUGAUGGAUAUCGACUUCUCUCCUACUGGUCGAGAAUUUGUGACAGGAUCUUAUGAUAGGACAGUCAGAAUUUUCCCGUAUAAUGGUGGUCACAGCCGGGAAAUCUAUCAUACAAAAAGAAUGCAAAGGGUGUUUUGCGUCAAAUUCAGCUGCGAUGGUAGUUAUAUUAUUUCUGGGAGCGAUGAUACUAACCUUAGGCUAUGGAAAGCUAAAGCAUCAGAACAAUUGGGAGUGCUACUUCCAAGGGAACGAAAAAGGCAUGAAUACAAUGAAGCUGUCAAGAAUCGUUAUAAGCACCUGCCUGAGAUCAAGCGUAUUGUAAGGCACCGACACUUGCCAAAACCAAUAUACAAGGCUGCUGAGAUCAGACGCACAGUGACUGAAGCUGAAAAGAGGAAAGAAGAUAGAAGGAGAGCCCAUAGUACUCCAGGAAGUGUUGUAACUGAACCAUUGCGUAAAAGAAGAAUCAUCAAAGAAGAAGAGUGAGUUUUAGAUUGUCAGGUACCUUGAUGUCCGGGGCUCACUUGGGCAUCUCUGGUCUGAUGAUGGCUAAUGGCCUCUGCCGAAUGUAGUCCAAGAGUAGUGCGCUUUGUAUGUAACAGUUUUGAUAAGGCCAAGUUGACUGAUGCUUUGUAAUCUUAAAUGUUAUGAAUGAUCCAAUUGAAUUGGUUUCUUUA